UUUUAUCACACCAAAAAAGUUCAAGCGAUUCUCAUUGCACGCAUGAGCAGAAACAAGAGGAAGACAAAUUGGGAGUUGUCCCCUAUAACACAGGGUCAAUUUGCACCAAAUCCACAAACUUUUGAAGAUUUGGCUAUGGCCAAGUAAAUGCUAAUACAAUGGCCCUCAUGCUUUCCUGAAACUAGGGAGGUUCAUACACGACCUCACCCCAAAAGAGAAAGAACCAGUAGUAUAAAUGCCUCCCUCCACCAUUUGGUUGAUAAAAACAUCAAGAAACUCAUACCUCAGUUGAGUAAAAACAUGGCAAAUUUGACAUACUUGUUCCUUCAAAUGAAUCAAAUUCCGUUCUUCAUCCUCUUGUUAUCCUUCUCUCCUUCAUCUGCUACUUAUGAGAACCGCAAGACCCUGACACCACCCCCACUACCCCAACCUUCACAAACCGAUUACAAAGGUUGCUUUUCAAAGGUUUAUGCUUUCGGAGAUUCUUACACAGACACAGGGAACGCUCACUUCACGGAUGGAUUCCAACCAAUGUUGCAACAGGGAAGAAGCCCACCGCCAUCGGGUAACUUACCUGGUUAUCGACAAUGUGAUGGCCGCCUGGUCAUUGAUUACCUGUGUGAAUAUCUCUCCGUGCCCCACUUGUCAGCCUACAAAAACUCUUCCGCACAAUUCUCAGGUGGUGCGAACUUUGCAAUAGCCGGAUCAACGGCUCUUUCAUCUGACUUCUUCACUCAAUCCAGACUUGGCCACUCCCUCAUGUGGAAACAAAACCCAGAGAGUUGCCAGACUCAAAUAGAUUGGUUCCAGAAAUAUCUUGCUGACUACGAUUGCAAGGGCAAAGAUGAGGCUGCUUGCAAGGGAGAGAUGGCGAACACACUCUUCUGGGUCGGUGAGAUGGGUGGCAAUGACUAUGCCCGUCUCUAUGGCUCUUCAUCUACUGUUCACAGUAGGCACCUGACGAGGCAAGCUGUUAGGAAUGUCUGCGGACUUGUGAGGAGGUUGCUGGACAACGGUGCAAGGUAUAUUGUGGUUCAAGGGCUACCACCAGCAGGGUGCCUUCCAGUGCAAGUGUCAUCUUGUCCUUCAAAUGAGCGUGAUCAAUUUGGGUGUUCAGCGAAGGUUAACUCGUUGAUAAUGGCCCACAACGAUCUUCUCCAGAAAAAGUUGGAAGAACUUAGGCAACGAUACCACGAUUGUAUGAUAAUAUAUGCUGAUUACUGGAGUGCAUACAUAACAAUACAGUCAAAUUAUAAGCAGUACCAAUUUGAAGAACCCGUCAAGGCAUGUUGUGGAGCUGGGGAAGGACCAUUAAACUUUGACACAAAUCACCUUUGUGGAUCUACUGGCUCGUCCACCUGCAAGGACUCCAACAAGUACAUUAACUGGGAUGGGGUUCACUUCACCGAAGCCAUGCAUCAACACUUAUCUGAUCUCUUCUUCAAUCAAAACUACUGUAAACCAUCAUUCGCUGAGCUGAUUAAGAAGAAGAGAGGCACAUCAGGUUACUGAUUAAUCCUAUUUUUGAUAGGUAUAUAUAUGUAUGUGCGCUCCGAAUGGCUGCAUUCAGAGAGCGGGAUAAUAAUUUAUUCUAGUUUAUAGACAUUUUGUUAUCUGCCUUCCAUUCUUUGGUAGGAAAUUUGUUUCAAUAACAUAAUAUGUACCCUAUUUCAGAAAGAUCUGUCCCUCUUUUUUUUUUUUCAUUACCACUGGGUCAAUCACACUUAUUUCAACAGUAAGAAGAAAAUGCAUUUAAAUUGGUCCUUUUGAUGCUAUAAAAUCUAUUCCUCUACAUGAGGUUCUGCUGCUGCCUUCUUGAAGAACCUGAUGAUCAAGAGCCAUGCUCACGGCAAGAACCAUGUUUCUCCUCACUAAGAAAUUAAAACAUUCUUUCUAAUUUGCCUGAUAAUCAAGGAUAAAAACAUAUAACAUGCCUAAUAUCAGCAUAUGGUAAACAAGUUAAAUGUCUUUUGUGAUAUGAAUAACAUAUAUAGAAGAAUCAAUUAAUAGUUUCGCACAUAACAGAAAGGACUGCAAUGUAUCAGAAUAUGUCAAAUCUUCCAGUAUUCAUACAUGACACUGUUGCACUGUCAGUUUUCUUAUGAAGUUUCCUUGCGGCAUGAGGGAAAAAGAUCAUGUACGUGUUAUUGUUGCUGUCAGAAGCUGUUCCUUAAAUUGUGUGCACUUCUCAAGAAAAUAUUUUCACAGAAGCAAGCUAGCUAUGGAACACAAUCAUAUAGGAGUCAAAAUCAGUAGCUUGAUUAACUGAAAGUAAUACUACAUAAAAAGGUUGGUACAACAACCAAAGGUCAGAAGCACACGAGGAGCCAAUCAACUCUAAUAAAUUCCAGUCACAGAAUCAGUUUGUUAGGACUUUUCUGUGCGAAUUCGAUCUUUUUUUCGCUCAUGACCAUUGCUCAUUCAUAAUCAUUUUACAUAGACAAGAAGUAGCUCGAUAUUUCUUGCAGUUGAAAUGAGGUAAUCUAACAUGAGGAAAAAAAUAAAUUCCCCCGGGAGCAUUGAGUAGGUAUUCCUCAUAAAAAGCAGUGGAACGGUUGUCCCUAACCAUGGGAUUUUUUUCCCUUUUUUCGGCUACAAGAGCGAACCACAGAAAUCCACCAUAAAGGGCUGAUUACUAAUGCUUGUGGCAACAACACUGGACUUCCAAUUGUCACAGAGUCAUAAUAGCAAGGAGAAACAACAUGAAAACAUGAAAACUAAAUAUUGAAAGACUUUAUGCAUAAUCUAGCUUCCUCCUUAUUCCCACAGUCAAUUGCUUUGACACUGAUACCAAAUUCUAAUAAACACAUAAUUAAGUAGCUUCAAAAUUGGCAAACAAAGAGAG